CAUGAAUGUCAGACCAUUGUAUCUUGCAACCAGAUCACAGUGAUAGUCAGUAGUCUGCUAAGCCUCUCUCAGCAGACGAGCUGCGUCAAUUUCCUUACCUUAGUCCUUAGCAAGCUUGGGAAGCUGCCAACAUGAUCAUUAGAGCUUGAAAAGAUCUUAGUAUGUCGGAUGGUAUCUAUAAAAGAGAUCGUGGCCCUCAUUGUGAGAUCAGAGCUUCAACAUUUGUCAAGGACAUCAGAAGUCUACCUGCGUCAACACCUCCACAAUGCGGCUCCUCACCUUAGCCACUGCUACAUUCCUUAUAAGUCUAUCGUUCGCAGUUCCCACUCCGCACAAUGGACAUGUCGUUCAUGAGAAACGGACACAUUCUGCGGGGCUGGUGAGGCGACAUCGAGCACCACCAGCAACAACGGUGCCUGUUCGAAUCGGGUUUUCUCAGAGCAAUCUCGACAUAGCCCAUGAGCUCCUGAUGGAAUUGGCUGAUCCUAUGUCAGACAAUUAUGGGAAGCAUAUGAGUGCAAAAGAAGUUGGUGAUCUCUUCAGGCCCAAAAGUGAAUCAAUCGAAUCCGUGAGAGACUGGCUCCAUUCUUCCGGUAUCGACAUUGAUCGCCACCAAGUAUCUCCUGGCCGUGGAUGGCUGAAGUUUGAGGCUACUAUCGAUGAACUAGAAUCCCUUCUUUCUACGGAAUAUCAUGUCUAUGAGCAUUCCGACACCGAGGCACUGCACAUCGGGUGCGAUACGUAUCACGUUCCUCUCGGCGUUCAUCCUCACAUUGACUUCAUCUCCCCAACUGUAUCUACCAUUCAGAUCAAGCGUGGAGCCAAGAAACAGAAACGCGGCGAAACCACGAAGGCCUCUCCAGCCAGCUUCCCACCCAUCGUCAAGCCAGCCAAUCUAAACCUUGACCCCGCUUCGUUCGCUUCGGAUGCAAGCACAAUUCCGUGUUACACCGCGGUGACCCCUGACUGUCUACGAACGUUGUACGGUAUCCCCAAAGGUAGCCUCAAGCAUAAGGGCAACGAAAUCGGCAUUUUCGAAGACGGUGACUGGUAUGACCAGCAAGAUCUCGAUCUGACUUUUGCUGCCAUUUCGCCCAAUAUCCCCAACGGCAGCCAUCCCGCCUUGGAAGGCAUUGAUGGUGGCAUUGCCCCAUUCUCUUUCGACGGAUUCGAGCAGAUUGGUAUUGAAUCUCUACUCGAUAUGUCCAUCAUCAUGCCAUUAGUCUACCCCCAGACUGCUGUUUUGUUCCAGGUAGAUGAUCUGACGGCACUCGAAACCUCUUCAGGAUUUGGCGACACGUUCUUGGACGCACUUGACGCUUCUUACUGUACGUUUGAAGGUGGAGAUGAUCCUACUUUGGACCCCCAGUAUCCCGAUACAGCGCAAGCUCCGGGGGCAGCAAACGGCACUGGAAUCACUUACCCUCUGCCAGAGAUGUGUGGCGCCUACAAGCCAACGAAUGUCAUUUCUGUCUCUUACGGUUUGGGAGAAAACACAUUCUCUUUCUUUUAUGAGAAUCGCCAAUGCGUCGAGUAUCUAAAGCUGGGAUUGCAAGGCACAACUGUUGUCUACGCUUCAGGGGACAGUGGAGUUAGUAAUCGUGGCGAAUGUAUCGUGCCAUCCAAUGCUACGUACAACGGAGAUCCUGGUGCAUUUUCGCCCAGUUUCCCUGCAGCCUGUCCUUACUUGACAUCUGUAGGGGCAACUCAGAUCAACCCUGACGACAGGACCGAAACUGCCGUAGCCGUGGCUGAUGAGGAGUAUUACUCUGGAGGUGGUUUCAGCAACUAUUGGGCAACCCCAGACUAUCAACAAUCCACAUUGAAGAAUUACUUCAAAAAGACUCCACCUCCAUACAAUUUCACUUCAUAUGGAAACCCGUACUAUAACUCGUCUGGCCGCGGCUAUCCUGAUGUCGCAGCUGUCGGUCUAAAUAUCCUUCUUUACGCCGAUGGCCAGCCAACCUUUGUUGGUGGCACCAGUGCCUCGGCUCCCAUCUUUGCCUCGAUCAUCAGCUUGAUCAACGAAAAGCGUCUUGCUGCGGGUAAGACCACAGUUGGAUUCAUCAAUCCAACCUUGUACAAGAAUCCCCAUGCCUUCACAGAUAUUACCACCGGAAGCAAUCCAGGUUGCAACACCAAUGGCUUUAGUGCUGUCAAGGAUUGGGAUCCAGUUACUGGUCUAGGCACUCCCAAGUUUUCCAAGCUUCUGGAUGUCUUCAUGGCUUUGCCAUGAAUCAAUGUGACUGGGCAUAUGUCCACAUGUCCUUCACUGGUAUCGGAGUUGGAUGUUUUUCAUCUUUCAUAAUUCGCGCUCCCCGCAACUUACAGUGGCGUAAUUUCACUUAGCAAACAGACUGAUUGGUACUUAAUAAACGGAUAUUUAACACAAUCCUUGGGUCUGCUGUCAUGUGAAGCAAAAAUGUUAGAGCGAUACAGAACUAG